AUGACCGUCUACUCCCUCAUCAUAAUCAACAAGGCCGGAGGUCUGGUCUACCAGCGCGAAUUCCACUCCGGCCUGCACAAGUUAUCCACAAACGACUACCUCGUUCUCGCAGGGACGUUUCACGGCGUCCACGCAAUCACCCGCUCCAUAACCCCCCGUCUUCCCCUCGCCUCGACAACCACAAACCCAACAACAGCAUCACACUCAACAACAGCCUCCCUCUCCCUAACCUCUCCCUCCGGCACAACAACCCCGACAGCAUCAACUCCAACAGCAUCCAACAACCCCAGCAAUCCAGCCGCAAAUACACCGUCCUCCGCCUACUCCUACCCCAUCCCCUCCGUGCCCGUGUCCGGGCUGGAGUUCCUCGAGACGGACAAGUUCCGGCUCACGUGUUUCCAGACGCAGACGGGGACCAAGUUCUUGUUGUUUACGGAUCCGUUCAUGGUGAAUAUAGAUGUGGUUAUGAAGAAGAUUUAUGAGUUGUAUGCGGAUUUUGUGAUGAAGAAUCCGUUCUAUCAGUUGGAGAUGCCGGUUAGGUGUGAGGCGUUUGAUCGGCAUUUGGGGAGUUGGUUGAGGGGGAGGAUUUGA